AUGUUCACUUUCGGAUCAAAAUUGUUGCUGCUUUUCCUCUUGGCCUUUCCCUGUGGGUUAAUAUCUGUCGGUAAGUUUAACUAUUACUUUGUUUUAAGACUGAUUUUCUCUUCGUCUCACUUCUGCAAAAGUGAAAAAGUUUUUUAGUCAGACCAACUUAUUGACGUGGCACAGUCACAAAGCUGUUUCACCAGUUUUGAGGCUUCAUCGUCGCUUUGAUAUCACAAAAAUAUGCACUUUGGAGACAAAUUGAUUCAUGUAAUGUAGUUGUAGCUCACACCUCAAGCUGUAGCUCAUAAAUGAAUGAAUUGAGUGUGCCCGCCAACAGCUGUUUUUGGAUAAUAAAAAAGUAAUACCCUCCAGCAUUUAAAGCAGCAUUAAAGGUCACCUAGUGAGCUUUUUACAUGAUUUCUAACAGAGAAAUAAGAGUAAAUGUAGCAGCAGCUAACAGCUGCUAGGACACGUCACCAUAGAUAACAUGGUACCCUAUGUUUUUUUCUCUGAGCUUUUUUCUUACACUGUAUUUCACUACAUUUCCCAUGAACACGAGGUGCUUGUAAAAGUACCCUGUGUCCUCUGUUAUACUCAUUAUUUGGAAGUGGCUAUUUUGUCUGCAGAGAAAAUACCUGGCAACAUUGAAAACGUGUCACUAUAUGUAAAAAAAUAUAUAUAAGAUACACAUUUGAAUGAUUGUGACAGAUUUUCCCAGAUAAGGGUAGGUGAAAAAAUCAAUUUAAAGGCUCCAUAAGUUGCAAGAAUAGUGUUUUAUACAGAUAUACCAAACACUUUUUGGAGUUGAUGUGUUUGCAUGUUUGAUAAAAAGUAAAUGCUAUGCUAUUUCAUUAUUUUGUAGAGUGAAAAUGGUAAAAACAAAUGCCUUGCAUAGUCUUUUACCCUUUCAUGCUUUUAAUUCAAUAAUAACAGAAGUUUUAAUGACAAUCUUUCAUUGUAAUAUCACCAUUAUCUCUCUUGUAAAAAAAUUGCAAGUGACUGAUGUGCAACAGGACGGCACAGUGAUGGAGUGGCUGUCGCCUCACAGCAAGAAGGUCCUGGGUUCGAAUCUGGGUCAGGGCGUUUCUGUGUGGGGUUUGCAUGUUCUCCCUGUGUCUACAUGGGUUUACUCCCAGCACUCCGGUUUCCUCCCUCAUCCCAGAAACAUACAGAAGUGGGGAUAGGUUAAUUGGCCACUUUCAGAAUUGCCCGUAGGUGUGAAUGUGAGCGUGGAUGGUUGUUAGUCUCUAUAUGUAGAAAAAUGGAUGGAUGUAUGAUGUGCAAUACUGUGUCUCUUGUUCUACACAGGUCAAGUCUCUGCACAGUCUGACUCUGCUGAGGAUGUCAUAGAAGAUGCAGAUGCUGCAGUGGAUGAAGAGGAAGAUGACGAGGAAGAGGUGCUUGUUGAGGAGGAUCAGAUGCAACCUUCUGUAUGUAACAACCACACCACAGUUCAUAGAAUAUACAUUCCUGUGCAGAUGGUCAAGUUAAACUAUAAUCUUGUGUUCCUCCUCAGGAAGGAGAUGAAGACGAUGCAGAGGAAGGAGCCGAUAAACAGCUGACGUCCCACCCAGAUGCCGAUACCACCCUCAUCUUCAUGACAGGGGAAGGUGAGUCUCAUUCAGUGAACUUCCAAAGUGUAAACACUCAUUAAGAUUUCUCUGAGUUUAAUUGAAGUACAUCAUAUGACUCAUACUUGCAUUGCACUGAUUUUUUUGUGUUGCAUUUUAAGAGUUCCCCGCCAAUGAAAUUGUGAGGUUCCUGGUGGGUUUCACCAACAAAGGAAGCCAGGAUUUCACCGUUCAGUCCCUGGAGGCCUCCUUCCGUUAUCCCCAAGAUUUCCAGUUUUACAUUCAGAAUGUAAGUUUAGCCUGAGGGGAAAAAAAAGCUUACAGCAAUGUCAAUCCACCUCUGACUACAUCAGGGGUUUGAAUUGUACAAUAUCUAAAAGCUGCACUCAUGUCUGCACUUUUUUGACAAUCUGAAAGAGCCCCCUUUGCAUCCUCUUGCUUAAGCAUACUGAGUAUAAUGUUAUUACUGGCCAAGAGAAACCUCCCCCCAACUCUCCUCGGUCCAAAUAGGAUAGCAAUACAGCUGAAAUUAGAGUGAAUCAGUGGUUUAAAUAUCUUAAAAUGAGUCACAUGCCAAAAAAAGACAAAAACAACAAAGUUAUCUAAAUAAACCCCCAAAUUCCCCAACAGAAAACAAUAUCUUAAUGACAAAUACUUUAACUAAUCUCCCAACCAAUAGAAGAGAAGAGGCAAAACUCAAGGCUACUCACCUCCUACUGAGUGCUUAGUAUUCUGGCUGAACCAUAUAUACAAAAUAUUUAUAAGCUAACAAGCAAUUUACCGAUCAAACCUUGACAAAAUAUCUAAACACACUCCUAAAGAAAAUCAGGCCCAUACAACUUUAACAAAUCUAGGGCCUGGUUACACCAUCCACUGCUGGUCUGUUGAAAGCAGCUAGCAAAGGUAAAGACCGCUGCAGCAGUUGUGAUUGAAACCAGUGAUGUCUCCAAAAAUACAGUCCUGUCACGCCAAUUCUGUUCAAACAGGCCAAUCAGAGGCAACACCUGCAUCAGCGCCUGAUUCAAUGAAUAGAAUUCACAGACAUAAGCAAUAAUGUUGUAUUCAUUAGAUUUCAAAUUUGAUUAAAAAAUUACAGGGGAUGUGAAACCCAACUUUCCAAAUUGAGAGCACUCCAAAGUCAGGAGAACAAACUUUUAAUAGCGAACACAGAUACAGCGACACUCACACGAAAACACCCACACUGUGCAGGGGAGGAGACACAGCAGCUGUAAAUUCUGUAGCCUGCUCAAAAUAAGUGUAGCACUACCUAAACUACCAUGGCGGACAUUGAACAUUUUCAGUAAUGGUGAAAUGAGUCAAGGUCAAUUAUAAACCAUAAAACAAGUUUUUUUUUUUGUUCAUUUGUAAUAGUCAAAUUAAUGAUGUAUGUGUGGUGUAUUGAUCAGUAACAUGUGUUUUUGUUUUGUUCAGUUCACCGCUCUGCCUCUGAACACAAUAGUCAAGCCACAGGCCCAGGCCUCCUUUGAGUACUCCUUCAUCCCAGCUCAGCCCAUGGCGGGUCGUCCAUUUGGUCUCGUCAUCCUCCUCAGCUAUCUCGACACAGAGGUAAAAUGGAAAAGAACAAUAUGACUUAGAAAUACUAUAUUUGAGGAAGAUUUUUCAGUACUCUCUCUCUCCCUCGUUUGAAUAAUUCAUGAGAUGAAUACCAGGAGAAGCCACUGCCAGCAAAGCAUUUUCUCCCUUCACAAUGCUACAAUUUCAUUUUAUGUAAUUGUCACAUAAUUGGGAGAUAGGUAUUGUCAUGAUUUUUCUGGCUGUUAUGUUCACCUUAUUAGAAAAGUAUGUAGUAAAAAGUAUGUCCUCCUAUAUUGACAGCAUGUUUUGACACUUUGCAGAUUUUCUCAUGGUGUGUCCCUUGUUUUUUUUUCUCAGGGUGGCGUGUUUCAGACUGCCAUUUACAACCAGACUGUCACCAUAACUGAGCGUGAAGAGGGCCUGGAUGGAGAAACGUAAGACCUCCUUCUCUCUCUUAAUAUAAUCUGUGCUCUAAAGUACAUACUUGUGGGUAAAAUAUGGGUAAAGCUGCUGCUCUUUAAUGGAAAUAAAAUGCUUGAUCAGUACCUGUGUGGUUACAGCAGGCAGUUUGUGUGUAUUUUAACAGGUUUUGCAUCUAAAUUUAAUGUAAAUAGUUUAUAAAGCGAAUAAAUCAGCCCUCCUACUACUUACUUGCCUUGUGUCUUUGGGCUACAACAAGCGCUUUGCAGCUUCACAAUAGCAACUCUCCCAGUUCCCUGCAGAACAUGUAAGAACCUGUAAAAAGAGGUGUGAAAUUGGCACAAAGAGAUCAGUUGUCAGGACUGUGCUGCUGGUGUAAAAUACAGAGUCUGUCACCAACAAAUGAGUCAAGCAAGGAAAAUUGUGUCUCUGAAAUCUCCUUUUACAGAUCAGUUAUUUUAUAUGCCUUGAAUUUGCUUGAUUUUUACAAAUCUUUCAGUUGGUUUAUUACAAAAAAAGCAUUUGGGUCAAAGGUGAGAGCGUGUAUUGUAUCAGGGAAGUGGUGUGCACUGCAAUCAAGGUUGUGGUUGUGUCAUCAGGCAUCCAGAAACAUCACUCAUACUUUUAAGUGUACAGCACAAAGUUUCUGUGGAACAUUUUUACAGAUUUAUUUGUUUUUUACUGGUAAAAGAAACCGUGUUGUUUAUUCCUCAGCAUGUUCAUGUACAUCUUCCUGGUCGGACUGGUGGCGCUGAUGCUGUUUGGGUUGUACCAGGUCCUGGAGACAAGGACGGUAUGUGUUUGUGCUCAGCUAGCUUGUCUUUUUUCCUCUGUGCCUGCAAAACCCACUCAAAGGUAUUUGAGGUUGCUUGUACUACCUUAUGUUUGUUCUGUACUAGUUGUUAAAACCAUGAGAGACCUGAUUUGAAACCAACGCUCAGAGAUUUCAGAUUACAGACUCGUGGACAAAGAUGUCAGACUUGACUUGGACUUUCAAAUGGCCAUCAUUUGGUGUUACACAACAAAACAAAGGAUGGAAUAAUAAACCAAUUAAAUUUUUUUAAACCAAGAAGUUAAAAUUCAAUCUCAUUGUGACAUCAGUUUAUCCCAGCAAAGUUCUAUACUGGAUAAUAUGUCCAUCCCAUUCUUACGGCUACGAUAUCACACAAACACGCUGAUGGGAUUUUCUCAAAGUUUGAGCAGAUGUUUACCAAGAGUCAGAGAUCAGUUGAUCAGCAUUUUUCUGGUUUUCAUUUUUUUUGCUAAUGUCGUAUUUCAGCAACACCUGAAGGGAUUUUUAAAAAUGUAUUAUUUUAUUUUUUGCCUGUACCAUACAGGUCAGCUUGAGAAUUGAGAUAGACAUAGACUGAAUCAUGCAAGGAUUCCUAUGACUAGUGCAACAAAGACUGUAGCCUUAAUGUGUUUUUGUCUUUCAAUCAUUUUAUCCUGCAGAAAAAGAGACUACCAGUGAAAAUAGAGAAGGGCACUGGUGGGAUAAACGACGUGGACAUCAGCUGGAUUCCUCAGGAGACUCUGAACGUCAUGAGUAUGUUGAUUGUUAUACUUUGCUACAGCAGACUGAAUCAGUGUUUAAGAGGUGAUGUUUUGUUUUUCACAUUUCUUUCAAGGCAGAACAUAUCUGAUCUUUACAUCCUGUUUUGCAGACAAGGCCUCCCCUAAAGCAUCUCCACGAAAACGAACCAACAGGGCAGCAGGAGCAGAUCAAUAA